AUGGCACGUUUGAAUACCAGACAGCCAUCCUCAGAUUCCGCACGUGUCAGAAGAACAAGUCCCUUGGCUCGCGAGUCUACUCGCUCGUCCUCCAUACAUGAUUCGGACUCCGACAAAGAAAACGAAAGCCGGUCACGCCAGCCUGGCAACAAGGCUAAACGAAGAAGUCAAACACACUUCAUGUCGGACCGCGCAAACGCCAACUCAAACACAAACAAACGACGGCGAGUAAGUCGCGAAAGAGAUGACGAUCCGAGCACUGCACGCACCAACAAAUUCUACGACCCCGAUCAGAACCCGGAAGAGCGACGGUUCGUGCGUAAGGGACUGCGGAAUCUGCUGGGGAAGUUGCAUGACUCCAAGAGUGAAUACCUGAGACCAGAUUCAAAGGGCUUGGAAGAGACUCUAAGAGAGGCAAAUGAAUUGUACAAAAGUGUCAAGCAGACCUCAGAGGCCACAAUCGAUUCUCGCUUGCUUGUCGAGACAGCCGACUUGUCCUACCGGAAAAUCAACAGCCUUACUCUAGGGGAUGGUUCAGCGGGCAUCGAUGUGGACGACUUUAUCACCAAAUGCAUCGGCUUCAUGAAAGGGGGUGAUGAGCCAGCUGAUAACAUCCCAGAAGAACAUCCGAGCAGUGAGAACCAAAGACGCCGACGCCGGCACGCCGAAGCCGAAGAAGAGAACGAAGACGAUGAGGGCGAUACGAUGAACUGGGAGUAUUUGGGUAGGAAUGCUUGUUUUUUGUAUAAUGCUCGUCCAUGCCUGACCGGAUUUCUUCUCGGGCCCUUGUCUGUUCAGAAGAAGGCUCGCCAACAAACUCAACGCAAGGCACGUGAGGCACGAUCACAAGCGACUCAGGUCUCACGACCAAUUGAGCUUAACGAGGAAGACCUCGAAAAACAGGAGUCAGCGAGUCUUACCACGGUGUGCACGGAGAUUGCAAGACUGUUAUAUGACCACCUUGCGCGGGGAGACGAGGCGGUAAAUCGAGACUGCGAAGAGCUCGGGGAAGACUUGACCAAGGACCAGAUCCAAGAGAUACUGUCUCGCCACCGCAUGGCCGAUAAUGGUUGUGUGUCAUUAUUCGACUUCUGCGUCAACCCUAAAUCGUUCGGACAGACGGUAGAAAACUUAUUCUACGUCAGCUUCCUUGUCAAGGAGGGUAAAGUAGGCCUGGAUUUUGACGGGAAUGGUCUACCCACUCUUGGUAUCGCCGCUCAACGUAGCGUUGCGGAGAGGCAAGAAACAAAGCGGAAUCAAGCUGUAUUCACGCUUGACUUCGAUGUCUGGGAGGACAUCAUCAAAACAUUUCGCAUCGAUAAAAGUAUCAUUCCUCACCGGAAGGAAGAGAUAUAUGACGAUGGUAUCUUGUUGGAUUCCACAGGCGUGGAAGACAACGAGAGUCGGGAACUCGAGGCCGAGGAAGUGUCAGAUGCUUAUGCAUAG